AUGGGCAGCUCCCCCCAGCAGCCGGUCCUCAAGGACCUCACCAUCGACAACAUCACCGAGAACGUCCAGGCCAUCAACGCCGGCUGCGACGACCGCCGCGCCCGGUUCCUCCUCGAGCGCCUCGUCGUGCACCUGCACGACUUUGCGCGCGAGACCCGCCUCAACACGGCCGAGUGGGAGGCCGCCGUCGGCUUCCUCACGGCCGUGGGCCAGGCCUGCACCGACGUGCGCCAGGAGUUCAUCCUGCUCUCCGACGUGCUCGGCCUCUCGCUGCUCGUCGACGCCAUCGACCACCCCAAGCCGCCCGCGUCGACAGAGGGCACCGUCCUGGGGCCCUUCCACUCGCACGAGGCCCGGGAGCUCGACAACGGCGCGCUCAUCUCGCACGACGCCGAGGGCGAGCCCAUGCUCGUGGUCUGCUCCGUGCGCGACACCAGCGGCCGGCCCGUCGCGGGGGCCAGGGUCGACGUCUGGGAGACCGACUCCAAGGGCUUCUACGACGUGCAGUACGCGGACCGCGACGGGCCCGACUGCCGGGCCGUGCUGACGACCGACGACGCCGGCGUGUUCCACUGCAGGGCCAUCGUGCCCGUGCCGUAUCCCAUCCCCAGCGACGGGCCCGUCGGGAAGCUGCUCGGCAAGCUGAAGAGGCAUCCGUACCGGCCGAGCCACUUCCACUUCAUGUUUGACAAGCCCGGGUACGACAGGCUGAUCACUGCGCUGUACCUGCGCGGAGACCCCUACGAGCGCUCAGACGCCGUAUUCGGCGUCAAGGAGUCGUUGGUGGUCGAUCUCGAGACGGUCUCGGAUGUAGAGGGCUUCGCAGAAAAGUACGGAGUGCCGCCGUCGACCAGGCUGAUGAGGUACGACUUUGUCCUCGUCAGCGACGAGGAAACGGCAGCGCUUCGAGACAGGCUGGCCCGCGAGGCAUUACAGAAAGUCGGGGCAGACGACUUGGAGGUUGUCGAUGGUCUGGUAGUGCCCAGUCUUGAUUAG